UGUAUCACUGCUACUAGUAGCUAUAAAGCUAUCGACCUGUUAAUUAAGUAUAUUAAUAUAUCGUAUACGCUAGAUUUUAAGUAUAAUAAGAACUCUACUCACGAUAUCUUAUCCACCUUUAAGAGACUAGCUCUAAAUAAUAACUAUAUCGCUAUUAUUCGUAAGGCUAUAGAAAGCUUCCUAAGAACUAAGCAGAAAGGAAUAUAUAUUCAUAGGCAGGCCGCCUAUUAUAUUAUAGAGUAUGCUUAUAAGCUAUAUAAUAACGGAGUUAUACGUCCUCGGUAUCACGAAGGCCCUAUCCUUAAUAUACCCGAUAUCUAUAAGCUUAGCUAA